UGACCCUCUCUCAUAUCGAGAUGCUCACUGACAUCACAAUGCGUCAAAACGAAUGUGCUGCACAAGCGGGUUCGUGCAUUAGUUAGUAACAGAAAACGUGUUCAAUCGACUGCUUGUUUUCGCUAUUCGCUCUACCAAGGAGGGCUUGUGAGUGUGGUGAUAAUAGACCACGCGUUUUCAGGUUUUCAGGAAACUGGACUGUCCUGGCCCUCGAAGACGGAUUAGAACGGAAGUCCAUAUCAUCUGCCUCACCGAAUCCAUAGCAUUCACGUCCAGAGUGUUUUGGCAGACAUGGAGUUCGCGACACACUCGUCGAUUUAGUGAACUCAAGCGCGGUGGCUGAACGGGGAACAUGUGAACUGACGAGAAUCCCUUCUCUUCUGACCAGGCUAUUGAGCGAGGAAGCUCGAAAGACCCGAGCCACAACCAAAUACUCUUUCAGCCAGCCAUUCAGGCCUUCCUCUCAAUGACGUACUGUUGACUGUCCUGUUAGGCCAUCACUGUUCAACGACGCUGUGAGAUGUAAACGUCUGGUGCCGUAUGGGCGGCGGCGAGGUUUCCACAAAUGUAUUUGUUUCGCUCGGAAUCUUUGGACUGUGAAAUUGGAAUGAACGAGACAAGGGAAGAGAGUGCGAGGGUGGUAUCGGACUCUCCAGUAGGAUACUCAGGUAGGUCAGGCCCCGAGACAGUACUGGAACAAUGCACAGGAGAAGCAGGCCUGACACUCGUGGAAGUCCUCCGAGCGAUCAAGCAGGCAAAAGUCGCAGGAGCCGACCUUGGGGUUUUCUUUCACUUACUCGAUUCGCUCCUUCCACCCGCGCUUCUUCAGGAAGCAGUUGAUUGCAUGGAGAGAGGAGCAGUGACAGCUUACUGCUGCUCGGAUUCGACGGCCGCUUUCCAUGUCGUGCGUCCUGGUCAGGAAGAUUUGUCAGUGUUUGCCGCGAAAGGAGGAAGGACUCUCACAGGUGACAGCGAACCAUCCUCAGCAAUUGGGAACCGAGACAACGCCGGCGCGUGUCGCUCUCGCGGCUACCUAGUUCUGCCUCGGCAUUGCUCAUGCAAGGCUUUCCAGUGCAAUGUUUUGGCACAAGAAUCGGAUUUGACGUGCGUUCAUGAAAUUGCAGUGCAGUUGGCAGAGGCCAUGGACUGCGUUGGUCGUCGUGUGGUCUUGGAACCAGAAGAAUUCUCUCAGCGCCUUCUUGACGCAAGUGCAGAGACAGUGCAACUCCAACGUCUUCAUAGGCAGCCACAGCCGAGUGACAGUGUUUAGCUCUGGAGUUGAGAUGGUGGAGGUUUUUCGAUCGUGAAUGGAUUAGGGAUUUGGCGCUGAAAGCACAGAUAUUUCUUGAGAGGUGGUUUUCCUGCGUUUACGUCAACUGCGUUAUACGAAGCCACGGCAAAAAAUCCACAAAAGUUUGUGCUGGCACUGUCACUGCGCAUGACGGACGUAAACGCUUUACCAGCUCUGGCUCGUUUCUCUGCUCUCGUAGCCUGCUUUUUUUCGCUAAAACUAAAAACUAAAGUGAUUCUGACCCUUAUACGUAUUACCAAGAAGACAACGAAACCGUUGAAGUCACGUGAAUGAGAGGUGGAGAACUGCAACAAAAUGAAGCAUGAAUCGAGAACAGGCUUGUCGCAGAAUGUUCUCGAGUUUGUGUUGAUGCUGCGUGCGGCCUUUUUCGCAUCAACACCGAGGCGUCUCAGCCAAACAUUGCUUGCGAUGGUCGCGCACACUUGACCGAAGUGAAACCGAUGACGCAGACCGUUUUGAAGAAACCUUGUUCG